AUGCAGGCAAGUGCCCAUGCUACACCAUCGGCGGAACGGAGCGACCCCAUGCAUACCAUACAGACCAUACAGACAUCGGAGAGCAUCAUGCGAAGCCCCUCCUCCAACACAAACGCAAUCGACCAGUCUCCCCGGCAAGGCCACCAGAAACUCGUCUUCACCGACCCAGUCGCCCUCCGCUACCUCGAAGAAGAUCCCUCGACCGAUGUGCUGCACCGACGGGAGACGCUACAGGGCUAUGAGAUCUAUAUUGUUGAGCAGUGGGCUUGUUCGCGCGUGCAUCCUACAUUUGUGAUCUCGACCUAUACCGGGGAUCCAUCGCAUACAGUAAUUGUUGGGGUAUUGAGCGUUCCAACGAAUGAGGCUACAUGGUCGCCGCGGCUGCGAAUGUACUUUGAUGCCAUGAAACAAUGUCACGCACGGAAGAAGGAAACACCACUGGGCACUGUUAUGGUUACAGAUCUAAGUUCGUUCCAGUCUGCUUUGAGUGUCAUUCCUGUUCCCGCCGGCGACAUCAAAAAACACAGGGAGGACUUCAUUGUGAAUGAAGACUUGAAGAGACUCGGUUGCGCUGGUCGCGCGGGCUUAAAGCUUCAAGCUCCGUCGGCUGCGACCGAAGCCAAGUUUCAUCAAUUGUAUCGGACGAGUGAGCGGGUUCCGCUAUAUGCUGCUGUCAUGGAGCUGGUUAAGCAGUGCCAGAUCGCUCUCAUGGUGUUCAACAAGCUCGCUCCGGAAUACGUGGACGGACUACUUUGCGAUGUGACCGAAGCGGCCAUCAGCGAUUGGUGGACAGAUAUUGGUACGGACUUGUACAACAUCGAGCCGAGUGACAGUAAUUUAGGACCGACAAGUGUGGCUGCUUUGCUGGGGACGCUACUCGGAGCGCGAAACCGUCUGCAUGCAUAUGGUGCCCCGGUGGGAAAAGAUGCCUUUGACUUCGUCAAUCUCAAGAGAGGAAUUGGCAGUUUUCAAAAAUCACAGAAAAUGAGGAAAUCUCGGCGAUUGGACCGUCAUACAUUGGAUCGGUUACACCGCGCCACGGCCAAGGCUGCCAAUUCCGAGGGCUGGACCGAUGCGGUGAAGUCUACUAUGGCGGAGCUCAGUGGACAAGGCGGUGAAAUGGUCAUGGGUAUGGUUCGUGGGCGUGACAAGGGUGGCAUUGCCGAUAUUGAAACACUUGAUCUGGACGUCUUUGUUCAGUGUUGCAACGGAGAACGAGCCAAGUGGUUGUGGCUGGGUAGGCCACGCAAGAGUGGCUUUGAGGAUGGCUUCACGCGCGGCAAUGGAUCGGACAUGAUGUUUACGACUGAUGACCAGGGUGGUUAUGUCUGGACCAGUCGCAAGAAUCAUUCGACAGAAGACAUGCACGAGCGUAUUAGCUCCACAUUUGAUCGGUCCUGGAAGAUGCCAGAGCCCCCAAUCGUCGAAGAAAAAGAACAUCGCAAGAAAGGUGUCAGCGGACGUGUUUCAGAUGCUCGUGCAGGCUUGGGACGCUUCAAGGAUGCAGUAGGAUUACAGGGCCUUCGUUCGCAUCAUCAUCAACAUUCCCGAGAAAGCGCGGAGCUGACACACGAUGCUGCUUACCGUCCAUCGAUUGAUAGUGACUCCGAAAUGCCCUUUCGUAAGUCUCGCACCGACUCUGGUUUCCGAUCCUCAGAAACAAAGAUUGGGGCUGAAGUGGAAGGCCCUAUCGACGAGGAGUUCGAACAGAAGUCCUCUGCAUUCUCGCCAGUUCCUGAAUCGGCAGAUAUUAAAGCACCAGAAAUUCAUAUUGAACCUGCACCGCCCUCUGCUGAAUAUGAUACAAUACCCCAACCCGAUCAGCUUACGCCGCAACCCGAAGUUAUCGACGAGGAGUCUGACCUGGAGCGCGUUAUCUCUCGGUCAACAGCAGCAUCAAGUGAUCGUGAUCGUGAAGGCUCAGUUAGCGGUCUAGCUGUCAUGGCUCUACGACGACCACAAAGCUGUGAAGAUUUCCAAAUCAGUGAAAGAGAAAUUGAACGAAGAGACAACGACUGUGCUAGACAUCUAUCAUUCAGCACGGUCGAGGAAGUGGUACUCACAUGGGAGCCAAUUGGUAACAAACCGGUUAUCAAAGUUACCGGCAGUCUGGAAGACUCCAUUGCCCAAGAAGACAUGCUGGCAUCCGAGGGACGUAUCUUUAGUUCUCGGAUUCUAGAUUUGAGCCAGCAAACCGUGCCGUGGGUUGAGCGGCAGGUUGAUUCGGUAGACGGUCUCAACCAAACCCUCUACGACCACCAUGAAGAUCUCAACUCAAUCUACCUAGAACGGUUUGCCGAUUACCAAAGACUACGAGAACGAUCCAGUGACAUUCUCCUGGAUGAAAAUCACCACCUCACCGAUGGCGUGAAGCGCGUUGAGCUGCUAGGCGCCAAACUGGACUACGAGCUACACGUCCUUGAGUCCAAAGUCGAAGACAUGGAGGCCGGCCUGAGCGACUUCGAACGCCACAUUACAAAUGUCGAGACGAGAAUCAAAGCCUUGGUUGAAGGCGAAGAACAACACAGCACAUCAUGGACAGCCUGGUUCGCCCGCAUCAUGGGCUUCUCACCCCACUGA